AUGAGGAUCAACGUGAAGAAGGCCAAAGCAAUAAAGCAACUAUUAGCCGAAGAUAGGGAGAUCAUGAUGAUAAACACAAAGAACAUGAAUGAGCAACAAAUGAAAUGGUGGAAGGAGGCCUCGGCGGAGAUCGUGGAGAGACGAAGACUAGCUCGUGAAGAGGCAAGUGGUGGUGGUUCGCUGCCGCCGUGCCCUCCAGCCCAGAUCCCCGCCGUCCACGCGCGGUGGGUCGCCGCCAUCCCCAUCCUCAUCCCCGCCCCUGGCAUUAUUUCCCUGCUGUCCCAACCCCCCGUCCGCAGUUUCUCUGAGCUCAGAACGGCGAACAUGCGCAGAACAGAAGAUACAGUGAACCCUCGCCAUCCAUGGCAGCAACCCCGCCACGGGCACGGCGGCGUAACAGGGAGCAUUCUGCAGCUCAAACCAUUGAGGGUUCUGGCCUUCAGAGCUCUAUCAGACUGCGUACGGCGCCAAGCAUUCCAUCGGGAGCAGAUAGCCUACGGUGGCCGGUUCCAGCUGCUGAGCGUUCUGCUCUUCGCAGCGGUCCGUGCCGAGGGGGCGGCGAGCAAUCGCUCUAAACUGUGUGGCAGGAUCCUCAUCUGUGGAGUUCUGUCCGACUACAUCCACCACGGACCGAUCGGCCGGAGGAAGGAACCGGCGAUCGAUGGGUUUGAACCGCUCAACAUCCUGGCUUUCCGAGCUAUAUUGGAUCACAUACAGCGUAGAGUGUUCCAUCGGGAGCCGGUACAGAACGGCAACUUCCAGCUGCUGAGCGUUCUACUCUGCUCAGCGAUCCGCGCCAAGGAAACAGCGCAUGAUGAUCGAUUUAAGCUGUGCUGCAUUCUAACCUGUGGAGCUGUGUCCGACUACAUCCUUCGCGAAGCUAUCAACCGGAGGAAGGAACCAGCGAUUGAUAUGCUUAGAGACCUUCCAGAGGGCGUGCUAUGCACGAUUUUAUCGAAGCUGCCUCUGGAUGAAGUUGUUAGAACUAGUGCCGUGUCAAGGAAUUGGAGAAACCUGUGGACACUUUGUCCUAAACUGAGUUUCGAUGGAAGUAUGAUGUGUGGCAAGAACAAUUAUCCUGAAAGAGUACACGUUCUAAUGUUCGUUCGCAACGUUAACAGGGUCUUGGCACAGUGCCGUGGCAAGCUGGUUCAAGAGCUUGCAGUCAAAAUUAAUUUCAACUGGACGCUGGUUGAGCAUCUCAAUAAUUGGGUUAGUUUUUCUGUAUCAUCGCGUACAAAGGCACUUGUUUUUGACUUAGCACCGGAAGGUCGCCAGUCUACAGGUCCUUAUGAUGAUCGGUACAAAUUCCCAUUUGAGCUCCUUAACAAGGACAGUAUACACCGUCUGCAGAAAAUUCAUCUUAGCUAUGUAGAAUUCCAGCCACCAAUGGAAUUUAGUGGUUUCCCUAACCUACGGAAGCUUGACCUGAACUUAGUGAAUGUCAACGGGGAGGAUAUUGCACACAUGUUGUCAAACUGCUGUAACCUGGAGUGGCUCAGUAUUGUUAGAUGCCAUCUCAAUGGUGAACUAGAGGUUAAAGGUCCACUGCCUCAUCUGCUAUACUUGAAAAUUGCGUCCUGCGAGAGGAAUACAAAUAUAGCAUUCCGUGCUGCGAACCUUGUAACUUUUGAAUAUAGAGGAAUGGCAGUGCCUACCGACCUCGGUAAUUCAUCGGAACUGGAAUGUGCAGACAUAUGUUAUUUUGGAGAUACUCUUGAGCACACUAUUACUGUACUUGCUAAUGUUCUUACAAAUGUGCAACGACUGACCCUCACUGCAAGCUGUAAACAACCAGAGGUUUUGUCUUCCAUCAUUCUUUAUGUCAUAACUUAUCCUAUAAUAUGACACUACUGCGUCAUGACAUUUCGUUACCUACCUUUCAGAUUCCCUGCUUGA